AUACGGAGCACUGUACUGGCUGUUGUUACCGGAAACAAGUGAAAUCGCUUCCGGGUAGGGAAGGUCUGCUGUCUGCACGUGAAUGAAUAAAGUGUGUCAAACGGAUGAAGUGGUCUUUAUUUCUGAAAGGCCAGCAUCAAAAGCCAACAGGAUCGUUGUCAUUGAUCAGGUGACGCGACUUUCUCUGCAAAGAGACAUUGAUCGGGAAUCUCACCCUGAGCAGCUUUCAAAGUCAAACCACACCUGUCCUCCUUUGCAAAGGCCUGAGGAAAAGAUGAAAAAUAAGUGUGAGGAGUUGAAAGAAGAGAAUACUGAGAAGAAAAGCAAAAAACGCAAGAAAGAACAAACCCCGCCUCCAAAAACGGACGGUUCCACAGUUGCUGACGGCACCAAACACUGUGUGGAAAAGAAAAAGAAGAAAGUAAAAAAAGAGGGCUCGCCAGUAGAAGUACAGGAAUGUUUAGCGAUAGGUGGUGAACUGAAACAGAAGACGAAAAGGAAGAAGAAAUUGGUGAAUGUUUCUGUUAUAGAUGGGAACGGCAAAGAAGCAAAAAUUAAAAAAAAUGAUAGACAGGUUGGAAUUGAGAAAAAGUCAAAGAAAAAAACUCUGAUCGAACAUGAAAAUGUUUGUCUUGAUGAGAAAGUGGGAAAGAAAGCUAAGAAAAGAAAAGCUCAGGUUCCGUAUACUAAUGGUCCUCAUCUUACAGAUGACAGUGCAGUCUUCAAAAAGAAGACAAAAAAGAAACAGGAGCAAAAAAGUGACUGUAAGAAGAAAAAAAUGAAAGUGGCACAAAUUGAACACGAAAAUAUUUGUCUUGAUGAGAAAGUGGGAAAGAAAGCCAAGAAAAGAAAAGCUCAGGUUCCGUAUACUAAUGGUUCUCAUCUUACAGAUGACAGUGCAGUCAUCAAAAAGAAGGCAAAAAAGAAACAGGAGCAAAAAAGUGACUAUAAGAAGAAUAAAAUGAAAGUGGCACAAAUUGAGCACGAAAAUAUUGCCGUUGCGGUAAAAGCAGAGAGCGUGUCGAAGAAAGCCAGGAAAGAACACGAUAAGUGUGUAAAAAUUGUGAGGGAUGAGGAGAAAAUUAAACACAAGGCAAAGAGGAAAAAGGACAAAGUGGAACAAGGUGAAAUAACUGUGACAAAAAAGAAGAAACGCGCUAAGCUAAAAUUAGGUGAGCGUGAAGUGGCCACACAAACACCAGAUGGACAAGAGGUUGACAAGGUCAAGCUGAAGAAGAAAAAAAAGAAGAAUGCCUCACCAGACAUUGGAGAACCUCAGAAUUCAGCCAAGGAAGAAAAGGUUGACAUUGGGCAAGGUGAGACAAAACGAGGAAAAAAGGUCAAGAAGAGAAAGUCUCCUGUGCCAAGCACAGAAGAAGAGACUCAAUCUACAAAGAAGAAAAAAGUAAAAGUAGAAAAAAACCACAAACCGAGCAAGGAAAGCAAAAGGAAGAGUUCUGUUAAGCAAGAGAAACUAAUUGAGGAAGUGUAUCCUGACUCAAGUGUGAUGAUGGAGGAGAAGAAGGGAAUUACUGAAGAGUUGCACAGCCAGAUGUAUGCUCACCAAGCAGAUGUAGUCUUCUUGUCAGAGAAGGCUGGAAACAUCGAUGAGGUGACCAUCAACCAGGAAAGACGACACGCUUUACAGAUGGAGAUCGACAAAGCCUCUCAGCCUCAACAAGUGGGCCAACCUUCAGGGUUUGGUCAGUGGGGCACUGCCCAGUUUGAAAGCUCCCAACAGAAGGACAAGUUCCUCCGGUUGAUGGGCGGCUUCAAGAAGAGCUUCCAGCCAGCUGCCGCCGCAACCAUGGCAAAGCCAAAUAUGGCCCUCGGCAAGGAUGCACAGGAUCAUUUACAGCAAGGACUCUUGGGAGAGUUUGAGCGUGCGCACUCACGACGAAUAGACUUUAACAACAGAGGAGCAGGACUGGGGUUUAGUGGACUGUCCAAAAAGAAGUUCUCGAUUGAUGUCAAUACAUGUCGCUCUGUCCGUUUUGAUGAUUGACCACUGCUCCGCAGCUUUGUUUUAACAUUUUAUUAACUGUACUUUCAUCUAGAUCUUUACUUUAUAAAUACCUGUAAAUAAAUAAACGUGACUCAAAUGUUCUUGUG